GACAGUGCUAACAGCUGAAGGAUGAGAGGAUGUUGCACAUAACUGUAAAGCAGAAGAAUCAAGAAACUGCAUUAACACAAUGCACACCAUCUUGACAAAAGGCAGACAACAGGCGUGUGCGAAGAAGUGGAACUUCAGGAAACUGCAGCGCGAGCUGCGGUCCCUGCAGGACCUGCUCCAGUGUGGCUGGGACGUAAGGGAGGAGCUGGAGGAGACCAAAAAGAGCUUGAAAAGCCACUUUGGAACGAAAGACGAUUCGCUUGGAUUCCUCCUCAAAGUGGAGAACCUGGAGAAGGGUGAGAAGUGUAACUCUUUCUUUUUCAGGAAGCUCCAUGCUGGCCACACGCCCCUGACUGCGCUACGAGAUGAGACUGGAUACAUGAGGAGGGGCAAGGAGGAAGUGAUGGGGGUCAUCUCCGACUUCUACAGCAACCUCUACGCCCCCAAGUCAUCCGACCCCGAAGCCUCCGAGAGGUUCCUGUCAGGUAUCACUAACGUUGUUGAUCCCGCAGGUGCGGCGGCUAUGGACGAUCCCUUGACGGUGGGGGAGCUGCUCUCUGCUGCUAAAUCCUUUAAGCCCGGCAGGACCCCGGGCAGUGACUGUCUCCCGGCCGAGCUCUAUGUAGCGCUGGGUGACCUGAUCUGUCCAGACCUGUUGGAGGUGUACGAGGAGAUGGUGGUGGGGGGCAGAAUGCCUCCGUCGUUGAGGUAAGGGAUGAUCACGAUCUUGUAUAAGCGGAAGGGGGAGAGAUGUGACCUGAAAAACUGGCGUCCCAUCUCUCUCCUGAACGUGGACUACAAGAUCCUCGUCAAGGUGCUGGCCAACAGGCUGAAAUCUGUCAUCGGGCAGAUCGUCCAUCCGGACCAGACCUGCGGCAUUCCUGGUCGCAGGAUUGCUGACAGCCUUGCCCUUGUGAGAGACACGGUCCAUUACAUCCAGGACCGUCGUGGCGGCGCCGCCCUGGUCAGUUUGGAUCAGGAGAAGGCGUUUGACCGUGUCUCCCACGCAUUUAUGGGCAGGGCUUUGCGCAGGCUAGGUCUGGGGAAGAUGUUUUGCUCUUUUGUUAACGUCAUGUAUUUUGAUAUUUACAGCACGGUGUUGGUGAACUGCUGGAAGACUAACCCCUUUUCCAUCCUUUCAGGGGUUAGACAAGGCUGCCCUCUUUCACCUCUUCUUUUUGUUUGCGUUAUAGAGCUCUUCGCUGAGACUAUCCGACAGAAUGGAGAGAUCAGAGGGAUCACCGCACCAGGACCAGAUCGCUACGAGGUCAAGUGCUCGCUCUACAUGGACGACGUGACCGUCUUCUGCGCUGACCAGCGUUCGGUGACUGCACUCGUCCAGACCUGCGAGGACUUCGGCAGAGCUUCGGGGGCAAAAGUAAACUGCGGGAAGUCGGAAGCCAUGCUCUUCGGGGAAUGGCACCUGACUUCUUCCGCCCCCUUCCCCUUUACUGUUAAGCUGGACUUAAUUCAAAUUCUUGGAGUCUGGUUCGGGAAGGAAGGAGCGGCCCUUAAGUCUUGGCAAGACCGACUAGGAAAGAUGAACUCUAAGAUCGGACUGUGGAGCUCCAGAAAGCUCACUAUUGAAGGCAAGGCAAUGGUCCUGCGGAGUGAAGUUUUGCCUGUGCUCCAGUAUACCGCACAGGCCUGGCCUCCCCAUACCACCGUUUGCAAGGCCAUCACCCGGACAGAGUUUCGCUUCAUCUGGAGCAAAAUUGGCAGAGUCAAGACGACUGUGAUGUACAAGGAGCCCU